AUGCGCUGGUACCAAGCGCGGAGCCUGCUUGAGGCCGUACAAGGACCGCGAAAGCAGGCACAUGUGGUCGGGAAGCGUCGGUUCAACAAAACCGGUGGGCUGCUGGCAGAAGACCUGCUCCUCGAGGUGACCAUGGAGGAAGGCGUUGGAGACGUCCAUCUGGUGCACUGGCCAAGCACGGGAGACCGCAAGGUGGAGAACCGUGUGUAUCGUGCCGGGCUUGAUGAUCGGAGCGAAGGUGUCUAUGAAGUCGAUGCUAGCACACUGUCGGAAGCCAGGAACGACCCAGCGCGCUUUGUAGCGAUCAAGGGUACCAUCAGGACGGAGUUUGUGUUUAAAGACCCACUUCCUGGUAAUCACGUUGGCAUGCCGGGGACGGGGAACAAGCUCCCACGUCCAGUUGCGAUCUGGGCGUCCAACUCCUCUUGCAUCGCAGCCAUCCAGAGCGGGUCACGAAGAGCGGCUCGAACGAAGGACGGCAACGGCGACGGCCUAGAGGUGGACGCCGCAUGGACGUAG